UCAAUUACCAAUCAAAACGGCGUCACAGAUACUGACACCGUGAUUUUGCUGUUCUUUGCGUGGUUUUUUAGAAAACCAAACACAGAAUCGUCUCAGUGAAGGGAAAGUGUGGUAGGCAAGACAAAAUAUUAAUCUGAGAAUAAUCUAGAAUGAACGGCAUGGUUUUGGGACUUUUUCGUGACUUGGAGUGCUUUAUGGAGUCGGACAACAAAAGUUUCCAGCCUUGGAGGGACUACAUAGGACUGGCGGACACAAUGAAAGAGAUCCUUGGACGCAACAGCGCCUCCGAGCCCACGCUACCAACCCCGAUAGCCCCGUUGUCUGAAACUGAUGGUCUGUGCGAUGCCCUGCUGUCUUUGCGCAUGGACGCAGUUAGCCAAAGUAGGGUCCUUUGCGCAGACCCUGCACCAUAUCUCCACGCUAUACCUUCAGUAACAGGCUCCCCGGCUCACAAGCGUUCACCUGAGGGGUUGUGGUACUCCCCAGACUCCUUUCGCGCGAAUGCGCCAGAUGCGUUGGCUUUGCAGCUUGUGCCAAGAGAGACGGGGUCCUUUUGCCGGGGGCCAAAAGACCGCAAAAAGCCAGCUCGUUUCAAAACACCGGAUCCACCGGCGCUACCUCCCUCACCUGAACGCAUGGUUUGCAGCUUCUGCAAGCACAACGGGGAGUCCGAGCUGGUGUACGGGUCGCACUGGCUGAAAGACCAGGCUGGAGAAGUGUUGUGUCCCUACCUGCGGCAGUAUGUGUGUCCACUGUGCGGAGCCACUGGAGCCAGAGCUCACACCAAGCGCUUCUGUCCGAAGGUGGACAGCGCGUACAGCUCCGUGUACGCCAAGUCCAGACGCUGAACCAGCAGGUGGCAGGUUGCAAUCAGACACUGUUGGAUGAAUCCGUCGGUGUGCUUUGUUUUGGUUUGAUUUUCAUUUGCAUGCUUUGGUACGUUUGCUGUGCGUAGCCUUGUACUGCGCUGAUUGGAGUCAUCUACCAGCUGGUCUGUUUGUCGGCCUGGCCUUCUCUCACAGCGUCCGUGUGCUGUCUGGAUCUGUACUUAACUAAAAGAACGACUGCCAGAUAUAAUGUUGGGGAGGAGAAAAAAAAAAUCUAAAGAUUGAUGUAUGUUUGUUUUAAAUAUAUUUUUAACACGUGGUCGUCUGAUGUCCAGUUUCAUAACUCCUGUCCAUGCAUUGAAGGAUAUUUAACACAAUCAACCCUCUAUUAGACAGUCAGUAAUAAUACAGCACGUCCCUUUAUAUGACCAUGUCAGCAUUUACCUUUUUAAAUAAUGAGUGAUUGUUCUUGUUCCUUUGUGUGAAUACCUGUUCUUGAGGCAUGUUAUUUUAUUUUGAAUAUUGUGCAUGUGGCACUUCUAAAUGCCAAUUAAGAGAGUAUGACUUUGUAAAAAAAUGUGUGAAUUUUCUUGUUUUUCAGAAAUUAUAAAUGUCCACAUAGACAAAAAUA